GAAGAUAAUUGGUUCAUUACAAAAUUUAUGAUUUUAUCUCUUUUUUGUUAGAUUAGAUUCCGUUUUAUUUUCUGAUUUGGCGACUGUGUAAAGACAGAAAAUCUAACGCCGAGCAAACGAAUGCAAGCACAUGUGAUGUUGACGUUUGUUGUUGGAAAGUAUUGGAAUGCGCUCGUCUACACCUAAAUUCAGUUUCAAGUUGGACCGCUAAUGUCGAGCAACGAAUCUCCUCCCAUCCAAUGCAGACAAACGAAGCGCAGCAAAUCCUAUCGGCCAAAUCAAACCUCCCUUGAUGUACCGAUCAAGGAGCGAACGCCAACGGCUACCUUGGCAAGCGUUGGCUCGUACCGUACACACCUAUUCGAACACCUCCAAAUCUGUAGCCACAUGUGCCUUGGUUUGCGUUUUAAUCUCGGUCUGUACGCGGCUUUAUUUUGAUGUUCUGCAAAUCGGUGCCGUCUAUACAAGAAAUUAAAGAGGAUUUGCACGAGUGUUUAAAUAUUACUCCUGAGCACUAUCCUGGAACUAGAUUGUUUCAAUACUUCACAAGAUGUGCAUUUUGUUUGUUCACGUGGACCCAGAUCCAAAAGAAGGCCAAUAUAGGCUGGUUGUGGCUACAAAUAGGGAUGAAUAUUAUCGACGUCCCGCUAAGUCGGCGUACAAAGAUGAAGAGACCAAUAUCAUAGGAGGUGUGGAUAUGCAAGAAGGAAGAGAAGGAGGCAUGUGGCUGGGAUUUAGGACGAAAGGAAUUGAAGAGGGCAAAGAAAAAAAGCAUUGUGUGGCAAUACUUUUGAACCUUGCAGGAGAGGCGUUAGAAAACUCACACGGUAGAGGGUUCAUUGUCAAAGAUUAUCUUUUGAGCUCAAUGAAGCCUCCAGAUUAUAUAAAAGAAAUAGAAAAGGAUCAUAAUUAUAGUGGCUAUACUUUUGUUGCCGUCGAGUUGAGGUUUGUGAGAAUCAUAAAAAUUACCUAUUUUCAACAAAAACUAGCGUCACCCUGCGUUUUUAAUGUUUUCCAAUAAAAAGACAUACAUACGUUUAGUCAAAAUCGUGGAAAAUAAUUGUUUUACUUCAAUGUCAAAUGUUUUACCAUAAGUAUGUUAUCGAAUUAUAAGUGUUCUGAAUCAUGAAAGUUUACGCCAGGAACCUACGAAGAUCUUAGGGUCACAUUUAUAGAAGUAUCUUGAGGAUUGAGUACUAUUUGAAGAAUGAUCUUUUUGAAUUUAAACAAAUAAAAAUUCGUUCAGAAGCGGUCAAGGGAGAAUUAAUGUUAGCAUUCUACAGUAGUCUGUAAUAGUUGUCACCACAGGUUUUCAAAAAAAUAGCAAAAUUUUUGAUAUGAAAAAAUGUUCCGAAAUUUUUAAUUCUGCAUAUUUUUCAUUUUCAAAAUUUUGUGAAAUGCACGAUUUUCAGUUUUCGGGAUAUCGAAAAUUUUUAAAAUGUUCACCUCGUUUCAAAAUAAUUUUGACAAUGUUGAUCAUUUCGAAAAUUCAGAUUUUCUCUCGAUUCUUUUAACUAUAUACUAUGUCAUUUUUUGACCACUAUUUUAUCAUCUAUCCGAGUGACGUCACAGUAUCAACGUAGUCAUCAAUUGAAUAGAAACAGUGGUUAAGCAAUGCUUUUUUAACAAACUUUGAUAAGCAGCGAUGAGAUAUAUUUUCAAAAUAAUCUUUUUUAUUUGAAUUGUCGAAUAAAUUAUAUAAUUUUUUGUUAGGUCUAUUAUUUUUAGACAUAUUCAAUUGUGAUUAUGUAUUCCUGAGUUUAUUAACAUUACAUGGUGCACGGGUGUGCAUUUCUGCAGAUGUUUGAUAUUUGUUGAGAUUUCGAUAAUACAGGGUGCGGCAGAGAGGAUGGAC